AGGUCGGGCCCAAAUAAAUUAGGAUUACACUGUAUUCCCACCAACUGCACCAACCGGUACUCAGCUAGGUGCCAUCUUCUCAAACACAGAAUAUUUUUUUGCGAAGACAACUUAAAUUUUAAGCAGAAAGGUUUAUUUUUAACGACACCCAUCAACGGGAAGAUUAUUUAGGUUUCAAUGGAGGGGUUGAUGAGUUUUCAGGCGAAUUCUGUUGGUGCUGUAUCUAGAAAGCAAAGCUCGGUACUAAUGCCUACAUUCUCUCCAAAAAAUACUAGUUCAAGAGUUUCUGUUCAACCAAUUGGAAUGGUGAGAAAUUCCAAAUUGUUUAAUUCCUUUGUUGCUUCAGUUCAGCCUCUUGAAGCCUCUGCUGUAACCCCUAUUGACAACACGUUACCAUCUAAAGAGGUUCUUGAUAUUUGGCAAAAUGCGGAUGCCGUAUGCUUUGAUGUGGAUAGCACUGUUUGCGUAGAUGAGGGCAUUGAUGAAUUUGCAGAGUUUUGUGGUGCUGGAAAGGCUGUAGCGGAAUGGACUGCUUGGGCAAUGAAUGGGUCUGUCCCUUUUGAAGAAGCAUUGGCAGCUCGUCUAUCUCUUAUUAGCCCUUCAUUGAAACAACUCCAAGAUUUUCUUAAGAGACCUCCACGACUUUCUCCUGGCAUUGAUCUAUUGGUCAAGAAGCUGAAGGAUACAAAUAAAGAUGUUUAUCUGGUCUCUGGAGGGUUUCGUCAGAUGAUCAAUCCUGUUGCAUCAAUCCUUGGUAUACCGCUUGAAAAUAUCUUUGCCAAUCAAAUACUUUUUGGGAGUAAUGGAGAAUAUGCUGGGUUUGAUAAAAAUGAGCCAACUUCAAGGAAGGGCGGGAAAGCUACUGCAGUUCAACAAUUAAGAAAGGCUCAUGGAUACAAGUCACUGGUCAUGAUCGGUGAUGGUGCUACUGAUCUCGAGGCUCGUAUGCCAGGUGGGGCAGACUUAUUUGUUUGCUAUGGAGGAGUUCAACUAAGAGAACCAGUUGCAGCUAAAGCGGAUUGGCUGGUGUUUAAUUUUAAGGACUUGAUUAAUUCAUUGGUGUAAUGUCCUACGCUUCACUCUUUCGUCAAUAUCAUUUUUUCGGGGCUUAGCUAGCUUUUGUACUUCGAUUCUUGAUGUCACUUAUUUGGCUAUUAAACUUUAUAAGAUAAGCGGAAAUAUACUGGACCUUAGAAAAGAGCAAAAUGAUUGGGAGCUAA